CAAAAUGAAUAUAUCUCCAGCAUAUACCGUGCUCGUGAUCAUCCUCCGCAUAAUGAGUGUCCGUGCGAUGAGCUUCGACCUGCCCUACUACGGAUACAAUUCAUACAUGGACAGAUAUCUGGACAACACCAACGAUGAUCUAUUGCCCGAGGAGCUUAACUGCGAUGCGAAUGACAGUUCGGCGGCCACACCGCCAUAUCUGGGAUGCACCACACGAUCGCCCUACCAAUCUGGAUGUGAAACCAAGGACAAAUGCGACAAGGAUCGAGACAAAGAUGGGGAUCGAGAUCGCGAUUGGGAUAGGAAUAGAUAUGGUGAUAGGGAUAGAGACAGGGAUCGGGACAAAGACAGGCAUAGAGAUAGGGAUAACUAUGACUCCAAUGAAAGCGAGACGAACAAGUCGCGUCUGAAGGCCACCCACAUUGCCCAGAAUGCCGCCCAGGUUGCCAAGGCCGCCAAUGAUGCGCAGGCGGCGGCCGCCCAUGAUGCAUCGCGCCAGGUGAAGAUGCAGCUGGCCGACAAGGCCAUAUGCGCCGCCCGUGCCGCCGAUGCUGUGCUCGAGGGUAAGCUGGCCAUGGUGGACAACUACGCCAGGGAGAUCCGGGAGGCCGAGGCGGUGGUGGAACAGGUGAGCUGCUCGCUGGAGAUCAGUGAGACGAACGUGGAUGCCGCCUGUGCAGUGGUCAAAGCAGCGGAGGUUCAAGCCGCAUCAUUCAGGGCCCUGGUGGAGCAGACGAGGGGCACUUUGUCGGACCUGGAUAGCCUAAUCCAACAGUCGAGUUCGGAUCUCGAUGAGAAGGGCCAAAUGCUGGCGGCGGCGAAGUCGCGUGGUGACCGACUGGCCCGCCAGAUGGCGCAAGCCAAGUCGGAGUACGAGCAGGUGAAGGAGGCGGCCUGUCGCGCCGCAUCCGCCGCUGUGGAGGCCAAACAAAAGGUAACCUCCUGCAGUUUUCUGCCCUUGCCCCCGGCUACUGCCGCCCCAAAACCCCAAGGUGGGUGUAACCACGCCCUCGAUAGCAACACCUGCAACGCCCUUCUGAAGCUCUACAGGCAGCGCCGAAGGCAACAACAGCGAUUGCGGCGGGCGAAGCUGCAGAACGGGAUGGAUCACUUGUACUAUCAAAUGCGCUCCCUGCAUUGAUGGGAAAUAUCUGCUAUGUACAUCUACAAUUUUGUUUUUAU